AUGGCCCAGGGCUUGAGGAUCCUACUGCUGGUCCAGCUACAGGGGAGAACUGUGAUGGUAGUGAUGGUGGUGGUGGUAGUGGUGAUGGUGGUGGUUAUGAUGGCAGCUUUGGUUCCAUCUCGGAUGCAGCUGGCUGAGCUGCAAGGGACCCACCCACUGGGCCAGCCCAGGUCCGGCCUCUUCGGCCUACCCCCAUCCACUCCACUGCCCCAGGCCGAGGACACCCCUGUCAACGGCUGCCAGGGCCCAGCCACCACAGAGGGGGAUCCGGAGGCAAUGCAGCUGGAGUCGGCCCUCCCACCGCCUUCCUGCCCUGAGCCGCCCCCGUCCCUGGAGCCGCCACUGCCUGCUGGGAGUCUGCCCCCAUUCCCCCCAUAUUUUGAAGGUGCCCCCUUCCCGCCUCCACUCUGGCUGAGGAACACUUACCAGCAGUGGGUGCCACAGCCACCACCCCGGACUAUCAAGAGGACCAAAAGGCGCCUGUCCCGCAACCGUGACCCUGGCCGCCUGGCCCUGAGCCCCAUCUGCCUGCGGCCACGGCGUGUACUCUGCGAGAAGUGCAAGAGCACUCUGAGCCCCCCAGAGGCUGGCCCCGCACCCCCGGCCAACCCCCGGCCUGGAAGGAGACUGGGCAGCGGCUCAGACCCAGACAGGGAGCUCCGCAAGCACGAGGACCCAGACGGCGGGGGUGACAACCCGGCUUCCACCACCACCAGGAGAAGCAAGAGGGAGAGGCGAGAGGAGGACCAGGCUCGGGUCCCCCGGAGCCCGGCCAUCAAGAUCUCCUACAGCACACCCCAGGGCAAGGGCGAGGUGGUGGAGAUCCCAUCUCGGGUGCACGGCUCCCUGGAGCCCUUCUGCCCCCCGCAGGCCCUGCACGGUGCCCAGGACCCCGAGGCAGCUCGGGACAGGCCACCUGGUGGGCCCUCUGCCUCCAUUCCAAAGCUGAAGCUGACACGGCCCACGCCCCCCAGUGCCGACCUGCCACCCCCCAAGAUCCGCCUGAAGCCCCACCGCCUGGGGGCUGGUGAGCAGGAGCCGGUCUACAGGGCCGAGCUGGUGGAGGAGCUCAAUGGCUGUGGGCCAGGCCCCCGGGCCAGCUCACCUGCCCACCCUGCCCCUGGCUCUGCCCACGGUGCACUGGAGGACUUGUCUUCGGGAAGUUCCUGUGAGGACGAUGACUGCAAGAGGUGUCCCCAGGGCAAACAUGGGCGUGACAGCCUGGCCUUUCUGACCAGCUGCCCCAGGAGCAGAACAGACUAUGCCCGGGAGUCGGUGUGGAGCAGUGACAGCCUGGACGAGUCCAAAUCGUCCAGCUCAGAAGUAACGUCACCAGACACAUGUGACCUUUCCUCUGGCGAUGGCUUGUCUGUGCCGCCCUCGUCCAAGCCUGUGGGGCAGACGGUCCCGCCCCUGACGGUCAGGCUGCACACGCAGAGCAUCUCCAAGUGCGUUACCGAGGACGGAAGGACCGUGGCCGUAGGGGACAUCGUGUGGGGUCACCGACAAUGAGGGCAUGGCUGUUCUGGAGCUUCCGACGUCAGGGGUGUCCCCUGUCCUCCAUGCCCCCCGUCCGUCCGAGGGACCUUGCGUGCCUUCUGCCAGCUGCGUGGUCAGCCUGGCUCCAGGCCUUCUGGAGAAGCAGGUGUGUCUGGCUGUAAGGACAACCCCAGGAGCACCGCAGGUCCUGGAGGCUGAACAUAUUUAUUCUCCUAACUUGGACUUUAGAUUUUCUGGUUAUGAAGCAGCAGGAGCCCAGGGCCCUGGCGGCCUCAUCUGUCCUGGGAAUGGCUGUCAGCUCAGGGCUGCCCUGCAGACUCCAGAGCACCGGAUUGCACGUGUGGGGUCCUUCGCGUCCUUGGUGCCGGGUCUCCGUGCACUAGAGGAACAGGGACCCACCCACCCCCCUCCUGCUCGCCCCAGAGCUUGGGUCCCCCCAGGGGCCCAGCACAGGCUUCCAGGCCCCCCUGUCCCCGAGAUGCCAGGAGGUACCUGCAUGUGUGAGGCGAUGAGGGCUGUCACUUUGAGAACAUACUUAACUGUAGAAAGGACAAGACAUUGCUCUACUGUUUGUAUGAGUGUGUUCCUUUCCCCUUUUUGUCACUUUAAAGACCAAAAAGAAAUAAGAAAGAAAAAAUGA